GCAUCUAGCCCCAACCCCUCCUCCUCCCCCCAAUCAUCUCUCUCCUCGCACACUACUCGGCCUAUCAGAGUACCACCACAGAGAAGACCGCUCUUCCUUAUAUAUCAUUAAAUCUCGGAGGUGCAAGAACAUCGACUCAAGGAGGAGGUUGUACUUGUGUUUGGCGUAGAGAGGAGAAGGUUUUCACCUGUAUCAAGGUGAUUUUACCUGAGGACGAUAGAUAAUUCUUCUUCUUUUGGGAAUUUCCGUCGAUUUCAGUUUUUAACUUUUAAGCAUUCCAAUUGCACCUGUUAAUACGUCAUAAUGCAGACCUACAUACAGCUUCAACGAAACAGUACGAUGGAUCCCUGGGGAUUCAGGCUACAGGGAGGAACCGAUUUUAACUCUCAGCUCUCCGUCAAAAAGGUUACAGAAGGCACGCCCUGCUAUGGUCAACUGACCCCUGGUGACGCCAUCUUGGGGAUCGGCCAGAACAGCACAGACAGUCUCACACAUAUGCAGGCACACGACCUCAUCAAACAAUCUGGAAACGUACUACAGCUAAGUGUUUGCAAGGGUUACGGAGGGAUGGACGAGAGAUUAAAGAGCAUUAAACCCAAGGGCCCAGUCAAGUUUGCACCAUGGAAACACCAAUGACGACACCAUCUCAAGUCAAUGAUUAUUUAUUUUCUGACAACCGUCCAUUGAAAUCAUCUCAAAAGUUCAAUACGAACGAUUGCAUCAUCAAUAAAUGUGGCUAAGUCUAUAAGUCGUUUUCAAAGUGGCUAGCUUUUUUGGUGUAAAUAUCAUCGGUUUUCACUGCAGUUAGGACUAAGGACACCGUGUGUUCAGCGAGCACAACGAACCGUGUUUACAAUAAACGGAAUAGGAGACAGCUCCAAACAGCAAACCAUGUUACACCCUUUUCCAAUGCCUAAACAAAAUUCUAUAAAAUUAUCCCACGAUAACGUGCCUCGCAAGUGUAAUUUCCUGUCGAAGAGUCUCGAAGACACAGAUGUCAUCAUGACACAAACGAGAUUUGAUUACGUCUUCUAUUUCACUAAUAGGAUUUGAUGAUCUUGUUCUGGUAACAAACGAUAUCUUAUUAUGUUGUUCACGUCAAAAACGGUAUUUGAUCAUGUCGUCAUCGUGACAAGUUAUUGUUGGUAGAAUACAUAUAUAGUUUUGGCGUUAACUAAGUUAUUGACUACAUUGAUAUUGGCCUAAAAUAUCAUGUGGUAUCUGGAACGUGGUCAGGUGGUAUAGCUGAACAAGGGAAUAUGAUAUAUCUAGUAAGUGUUUAGCCUAACGUUAGUGACUAAAGGUGAUAUUCAAAACUUUAUAUAUAUAUAUAAGAUUUCUUAUUUAAAAGAUAAAAAAAUAAAAAAAAAUGACAAAAUUUACUCGAGCAAUAUAAUAAGAUUAAAGUUUCAUUGUGCAUAAAGACAGCGUACUUAGGUAUGUUAUGAUAUGAUUUUUUUGCGAUCAUUUUUACUUUGUUGAACUAUAACAAAUAUGAUACCCCAUUGUUUCGUUAUUUCUAUAUAAUUAUUUAUCGGUUUUCUUUAAGGAGUAUCCCGACAAUCUAUUCGUGAACUAUAACAUGUAUCUAUAUGUAUGAACUAGAGUUUAUUAAUAUAUGUAUAUACAGAUAUAGAUGUAAACAUUCUACUUUUCUAAUAUUUUUGUACACCUGAUAAGAUAUAGGCCCUAUAAACAAACCGGAAAUUGAAAAGAGUUCUUAUGUUCAAACCGGAAAUUGAAAAGAGUAUAUACGUUUAAACAGGAAUUUGAAGCAUGCCUGUGAAUGUUAUAAAAACCUUAGGAAUAGCAUUAAAUAGGCACAUCGCAAUGCAUGAUACGAUUAAAUAAAGGAAAACCUGGUUAGUAUUAUAAUAUACACGGUUUCAAUUACUAGAGAGGGAAAGACGGAAAUGGCGAGCUAAAGCAAUAGCCCUUCAUACAGUUUUGAUAUACACGGUAUAAGAUUUAUGAAGUGCCCCCAUAUUCCCAACAACAGAAAAACAAAUGAAGAACAUUUACAUAGAUAAAACUCACGUCCCUUGAUAUUUCUUUCACAAAUUCGACAUAGAAGUCUUCACUUGUUUUGUAUAUAUGUAUUGUUUCUUUGAUUACGUGUCUUCAAACAUAUUGAAAGGAUAUAAACAUCAGACAUGCUUACAUGCGCAUUGUAAGUGUUACUUUGUUUAAAUCAGAGUACAGACUUGGCUUUUACCAAUCCCCGUGUGUAGUACUUUCAGGAAACUUGCAUCUGUAUUCCCAGAUCAUCCAACCAUUGUGUUUUGUUUAUUAAAACAAUUGGGCCGAUAUGUGCAAUAAUAACGGUUGAGACUCAUUUGCGUGCGAGCUGAGAGGACGAGAGAGUGAGACAGAGCGAACCGCCGCCAGGUGUAGCUGCGGCUGGUUACCAAGGUUACAUUUCAGCAGUCAAAGGAAAGUUUGCCCUGUUAUAUGCAAUAGCUUUUUUCUCCAUUUUGUGAUGUAAAAUUUUAUUAAAGUACAUUUUUGCCUUGA